AUUACAGUGGUGAAUGCUGCAAAAGGUGUAUCUGGGUGCUGCGAUAUUAGCUCAACGUUACGUUGAACCGUUCUUUACGCCUGGAACAAACACGGCGAUACCCGGCGAAAUGAUGAAUGAAGCAGGAUGUUGGGUAUGAAUGGAGCUGGCGUGAAUGGGGAUGUAAACGGGGAGCCCGCGUGAGCACGCACGCCCCCACCUCCCCCCAGUUUAAUCAAUUUCUCAAGGUGUUCUCUGCAAAGCCGAAGAUGGCGACAGACUAAGAGGGGCAGCGGGAAGGGUGAAUCAGGAUGACGAGAAGCAAAUACAGCCUCUUGCACUUCAAACGGAAGAAAAAAUAAGAGGAAACAUUUCAGCCAAGGAUGACAGCGGUAAGAUUUCAUCUUUCAGAGCGUUAUGCGUUUCCCGAAAGGUCCAACAGGGCGCUAAGAAGGUUGUUUAGAAUGUUGCAGCGUGCUGAAACGAGCGGUGUGUAACGGGGAUUUGUCGGGAUUUUUCACGCUUUUCCAAUGGAUCGUCCAAAAAAAUUAGACACAAGGGUGAGGGAAGUGGUUUGACAUCUUAUUUCAGCCCGGAGGAAAACACUACCCAACACCAUGCUGCUAAGAAGGUAGAUGACAUUGUUUGGGGAGAAAAUUGGAGAGGAGAAAAAACAGCUGGGGAUCAAAUUUCUCCCCCCUAAAAUAUGAUCAGGGGUGUUUGGAUGUGUCGACGGGAAGACGAUGCCGUGCUGAAAAUAUGUUGUGCACCAAAACAAAACGACAAACCUUGCGCCGAUUCCGAGAGGGCACAGAAAUGGCGAAUGUCUUUGGCAUCUCUUUUAUUUUUCACUGUCCUCCUCUCUGAUCACCUCUGGCUGUGUGCUGGAGUUAAGCUGAGGUCCGGCGAUAGGGGCUAUCGCAAAUCUUGGAGCAAUGCAACAAUUGGGGACCAUGUAAUAUCGAAGGGGGGAGAGUGUGAUGUUUUUCUAAGAAAUUCGACCAAAUUCGUCACUCAAAGUCCUCGAUGCACCGCUGUCGAAACUCACCGAGACCUGGAGUCAGCUUGCGCCACAUUGCGUUUGCAGAAAACAGGCAUGGAAUCUUCAUUUUCAACUCCAUCGACGUUAUCAUCCGACAGUUUAUUGGCUUACUUUAGCAAUUUCAGCCUUUCCUUUUGUCAUUCUUACACCAUCUCUGAUCUGCUGUUGGGGAUGGCGAACCCAGACGGUCUGAACUGCAGUCUUCGGAACAUGAUAUGGGAUUUGGGUCGCAGGAGUACUGAUGACGAGGACGUGUGCGGCGGCUGCAUUGAGGCUUACACGAGGCUGGACCAACACGCUCAGGAAAAAUACGAGGAGUUUGACUUCCUCUUUCUCAAGUAUUUAUCGGGGGAUUACUCGGUCAGAUCAAGCACCGAGGACUGUAAGGCAGUCUACAAAGCCUGGUUAUGCUCCGAAUAUUUCAGUGCAACCCAAAGGCAGUGCCAUCACAGAAUUCCCUGCAAGCAAUACUGUCUGGAGGUCCAGACUAGGUGCCCCUUUGUGCUACCCGACAAUGACGAUUUAGUUUAUGGUGGAUUAUCCAGUUUCAUCUGUACAGGGCUACUAGAAGACCACGUAAUCGACACAGAGGCGGAGUGCUGUGACGUCAGGUGGAGCGGCUGCUACCCAGGAUCCGGGGUCGCCUGCAACGCGUCAGCCGACCUCCCGGGGUCGUUGCCGUGGCAGCGGCGCUCUUCACGGCCCACAUCGGCCGCGUCGCGGGUGGGCGCCGGCGGCAGGCUGAAGCUGUGCGUGCUCGUCCUCAUUCUGCUGCAGACUGUUGUCACGUUCUCUACCGUGCAGGACACCGGGGGGGUCGCACCCAUGGAGGAGAGUCCGACCAGGGAUGAGUGACUUAGCCCCCCUCCCCCCGCCACGAUCCCCCCCCACACACAGACAUACA